UUGUUUCAAGCGUCAUUGUCUUUUCUAUUCAGAAAAUUAGAAUAGCAGCACUGCGCAUGUACACAUGUUGCGUGGAGAAAAUAGACUAUGAAGAAUUCUUUAACAGAUUACAGAUGCCUGACACUUUCAACUCUUGGUUUUUAAUAGCACAGCUUCAUGUCUGGAUGUGCUUAGUACGAAUGAAGCAAGAGGGCCGAACAGGAAAAUACAUGUGUCACUAUAUAGUAUAUGCUAUGUGGGAAGAUGCUGAGCAACGUGGGAAGGUUAUGGGGGUUAAUUCUCUUAUCCUAAGAAGAAGUAUGAAAAGCUUGACAGAAGUUUUCUAUGCAUCUAUUUUUGGAUAUGAUGAGGGAAUACUCUCAGAUGAUCAUGUGCUUGCAGCAGCUAUCUGGAGAAACCUGUUUGAAAAACAUUGCAAUGAUCCUAGGCAGUUGGCAAUAAUGGUAGAAUAUGUGCGCAAGCAGGUGCAGCAUUUGGAUGCUAUGUCAGGAGAAGACCUGCUGCUGUCUGGGGAAGUGACUUGGCGCCCCCUUGUGGAACCUAAUCCACAAAGCAUUGUGAAGCCUGCUUUUCCAGUAUAUAAUGAUGAAGGACUUUGAAUCCUUGUCAACCAACAAGAAAAUGUUUGCUGUUGUGUAUUACCUUUACACAUUGAACAAUUCCUGGAACCAGGACUUGACUUACACUGUGGGGGUUCUUAGGACAACCAUAAUAAAUGCUGUAUUGCUAUGUUAAAAAGUGAUUAAGAGUUCCUUCUUUUGUAAUUGUAUACUGUAAUAAACCUAAAGACCAUGCUGUUUUUAGUAGUA